AUGAACCAGCCAGGACAACAAACUACGAAUCCUGGAGGGGGUGGCUUCAUACCUCCACCGCGGCAGGAUAUGGAAUACAUUUGCGCAGAUUGCGGCGCCAAGAAUGAAAUAAAGUCUAGGGAACCCAUACGUUGUCGUGAGUGUGGUCAUCGCAUCAUGUACAAGAAACGGACCAAGCGAAGUGCGUAA